AGUGGUGACUGGAGUGGAUGACUUGAGAGAGACAUAGCGUAUUGUUUAUCAUAAUCUUUAUCUUUUUCAGUAAGGGAGAAGUGCUAUUGAUCACUGUUGAAUAUAUUCAUCACAGCCUGUUGAGUGAAAUGUUUAAUCAGCUGCUGUAUGGGUAUUGUGUCAUGUACAUAUUUUCAAGAAAUCAUGUAAAGGUGACAUGUCAUUCUCUCAUUGCUAACAUUUGUCAUGAAACAUGGCAUUGAUAAGGCUUUUAGAAAUGUUCUCUCCAUUUCAGUUCUGCACAACAUUUCAUGUUAGGGCUACAGCAAUGUGUGCUUGCCUAUUGAUUGCAUUCAAGACUGAGAGACUUCUUUCAUCCAGAAUGAAAGUGGCCAGAGCUGCUUGUAUGGCACAUCAUUUAUAAUGUACAUAUAUAUGAAUUGACUGUUACGUCCAUAAAUACCUACAAGAAUCUGAAUUGAUAGCCUUAACAUGGAGCACUAGAUUUGUUUGUUUGAGCAUAAAAUGACAUGUCACCUCCCAACUGUCUCUGUGUCGAACUCACCUGUCAUGUAUUUUGUUCCAGGCUUUGAAAUUACUAUUGAUCACCCACACACUGAUGUGGUGAAAUGUUCCCAGCUAGUGCGAGCAAGCAAGGAUCUGGCACAGACUUCCUAUUUCAUGGCUACCAACAGGUUGUUAUCCUGCCCCUCCUUUGUUGCACUUUGACUGCACACCAUAGCUUCCUGUAAUGCAGGGUACCCUUUCAGUGUCCAACGGGCCCUAUUUGCGCUGGUGGUUGUUGGGAUGCUUGCCUCCUCCCCUCAGCUCCCCUCCCUUGUUAAAAGGGAGCGGGACAGGGUGGCUAUAGCGUUACCGGCCCCAGUUGCAGUGCGGUGUAUUGUACUAGGGACCACGUGUUGGCACAGAUGGGUUGAAUGCAAGGUGUGAAGUGUAGUGGUGCGCUUGAAACCCACAUGUUUGUUCGGUUGCGAAAAGUGCAUAAUUCUAAAAGAAAGACACUUUGGUAGCCUGAAUAGCAGCUAAAGAUUUCACAGAUGUAAACAUUUCUCGUAGAGGUCUUUCCGUCUACACCUCACUACCUUCUGCCUCCAGUACAAGCCCACAGUGAUCUCCUGUGUGUGCAUCCACCUUGCGUGUAAGUGGUCCAACUGGGAGAUCCCAGUGUCCACUGAUGGGAAACACUGGUGGGAGUAUGUGGACAACUCUGUCACCCUCGAGCUGCUUGAUGAGUUGACCCACGAAUUUCUGCAGAUUCUGGAGAAAACACCCAGUCGGUUGAAGAGAAUACGAAACUGGAGGGCGACGCAAGCUGCCAAAAAGCCCAAGGGUGACAGCACUCAGUCGGCUGACAACUCCUUUGCUGGGCCUUCCAUGCUCCAAGAUCAUGGUGAUGGCUCCUCCAACCCAAGUUUUUCCAAAGCAGGCGUUCCCUUUACCGUGCCCAUGCCUGGCCAAUCCGGAGGUGCACCCCUGUCAUUGGACGCCUUGGCUGGCACGUACAACCCAGCUAGCCACAGUGAGUGGCCCCUUGGCAACCAGAACCAAACAGGGUACCCUUCCACUUGUAUAAAACAGGAACCCCUCAGCAUCCCUGCAACCUGUAUAAAACAAGAACCCCUCAGCAUCCCUAUCCAAGAGCCGACUCUGUCCUUGCAGACAUCCACUUCCUCUUUGCUUCAGCGUCUGCCGGUAUGCAAGACUGAGAAAACACUAGAAUUCAUCCCUGUCGUCAAGCAGGAACAAAAAGGACCAGGUGGGAGCGGAGUGGGCAAGCAUCAGCCACCAAAUCAACCUCCUCCACCACAGCCGUCUCCCGCUCAGAAGCUGUCUCUGGACAAAUACAGAGAGAAACAAGCUGCAGAGCUUGCUGUCUCUGGGCAGAAACGCGGUCAGGAACCGCAUGGAGGAAAUAUUGAUUGUGACGGGAGGGGGGAUAUGUUACCUUUCUCCUCUUCUACCUAUGCACCAUCCUCUGUGAGCCAAGUGGACAAUAGAAAACAUUCACAGCCCCACCAAACAUCCUAUGGUGGUGUCGGGAGCACCACCGCCUCCCCAAUGAAGAUGAAAAUCUCUUCCUCCUCGACUUCAGGGCAAGAUAGACGUCAUCUUGGUGACAAACGGGACAAAGGCUCACUUAAACUCCGCCUGGCUGUUCCUGGGUCAGGUAGCAGCUCCCAGCUGGAUAAAAUGGGACAGCCGAGCAAAGAUGAGCUCAAGAUGAAGAUAAAAGUCUCAUCGUCAGAGCGCCACAGUUCGUCGGAUGAAGGCAUGGCGGCCAACAACAACAACAACAACAAGAGCAAACAUUCCAGCCCUCUGGUGAGCAAGGAGAAACAACAUCGUGGAGCAGAUCACAACCUCCAUCGCCACCACAAGCACAGUCACCCUCAUCCACACACGCACAGUGGGAACGGCGGCGGCAGCCUGCUACGUGGUUCUCCAGGACUGGUCAGCAUGGAAGGCACUCUGCUUGCUCCUCCCGGAUCCACUUCUUUGUCUUCUUCACGCAAAAGGGUGUACCCCGAGGCAAGCCACAACCACCACCCACCAUCCUCCUUCUCCACUUCAUGCUCCAAAGUGAGCAAAGUCCCCAAGGGGGGCACUGGUGCUGCAGGUGGGCUGCGGACCUCUCAGCAGUACCCUCCUCCUAGCGAAUCGCCACAUGAAGUAGGAGAGCAGAGACACUGAAUCCACCGCUCUGCAGCCACGGACCACCCCGUGGAAAUGAGAACAAACUACCCACACCUCAGACUUUGGAGACUAUGUUCACCUCUCUGUUAAGUGCCCUAGGAAAACAACUCAUUAUGUCAUGAUAAACCCUUUACUGAAAGGCAGAAAAACUUGUCUGCAAAAAGAUCAGUAUUGUUGGACUUCUCAAUUUUGGAGAGAUAAGAAAGAUGAAAAAGAAAUUAUGCUUCCUGACUGUCGGGUCUCUGGGCUGUGAUGCUCAGUCCUGUCUUUCUGUUAGUGUGUUGAAUUGCUGCUUGGUUCUCCUUCCUCCUCAAAUGAGUCUAGAAAUGUGCGUGUCUGUGUUCAUCACAGAGAAAGUCCUUCCCACAUUUCAGAUCUCUAUGGGAAAACAAAAGUAUUUUAUAAGUACAAUGAGGCAUGGAAGGUGCACCGACUUCAUUUUCUUCAUCUAAUAUAUAUCUAUAUAUUUUUUUUUUUAACGAGUAAUUUAAUUUAAUCACAUUUCUGUGGUUGUAUGGAGAAAGCCAGUGGCCAGCUGGAGAGGAGUACAAGUUAUGUUUGCUGGCAUUCCAUUUAGUACUCUGGAUGGAUGCAAGACAUUUUUUAGAUGUAAAGUUUUAUCUCCUCAAUUUCUUUCUUGUCUUGAUUUCUUUUUAUACUUAAGUACUGUGCAUAUGAAUGCAUGUUUCAAUCAUCAAUGGGAUUUAAAAGGAGAAUGCGUACUUGCUGUUUACAGAAAGUGGAGAUACAUGUACAUACAUUUUUGUAUGUUUAAAGAAAAAAAAAAGCUAUACCAUGACUACUCAGGUUUAGAGCUGCUUGUAAGUAUAACUAUAAUACCUAGAAAAGACUUAUUUUGUUGAUCAAUGGAUUAGGCAUCAAUGGGGUAAUGAUUCCAGUGGUGUGUGUGUGUGCUUCUUACCUUCCUACAGGGGGUGCUGUACUGUGCUUUUCCGUCAAAGGGAAUAUCGGUAGAUGUCCUCAGCAACACAGGCAACAUCCAACACCUACUUAUCAGAGCGAUGCAAUUUGUACCAAAAAUAUAAUUCUUUUGGACCUAUAAGUAAACCUUAAGCUGGAUGCCAAAGGUUGUGCCUCAAAAAGAAACUGUAGUAGUAGUGUGCUAUUAAAAUUUACAUAACCCUUUUUCUUUGAAGUGCAUCAGACAUAAUUUUAUGACAUGAAGCUGUGGCCCUUAGAUUUCAGCCCAUACAUGUAUAAUCAGCCAUUAACAUUGUACAAUGUAGAAAAAAAACAACUUUAAUGCUCGGUUCCAUCCCAGCAAAAGUUGUCACAAGAUUGACCAAUUAUCCAAAUGCAACAUGACCUGCUAGAUAUUUUAUCACUGAUGUCCUCAUCCAAUUGGUUGAAUUUACAUUUGCAGCCAUGUACCUGUCCAAGCACGUCUUCACAUGAGUUUCAUACAUUAAACGCUAUAUUCUCAAAUCUUGA